AUGACCGAGGACGAUACAUGUUACAUUGAUUACGAAACAUUCCUUACACCCUCCUUUUCUCCAGCAGGUUUUGCUAACUCUCUGGUUCUUGGGACUAACAAUCCCACUGAUGUACCUCUCGACCUUUCUACGCCUCUCUCCAAAGUACUAUUUGAUAUACAAGAGAUUAAUACAACAAUCGAUAACUUAUCGACUCAACUUGCAGUUCCGCUUCUCACGCAUGUACAAAGCCAAAUAACAUCCAGUGAAAGAAUUGGUCAAGAGAUAGAGUUUCAGGUAGCGAGCUUGACUGAUAGCUACAAUAGACUUGAAAAAGAUGUUUUAAUACGAUAUGAAACUGCCGAAGAAGUAAGAUCGGUUGCCGAAAGAUUAUGGGAGACAGCUCGUUUAGGCCGGUCUGUAGGAAGGUUUUUACAAUUAGGAAGACAGUUAGAAAUUCAGGUUUCUGAGAUCGCUGGUACAGGGAAUACAGAGAAGCCACAAGGGCAAAGAGAAGACCAUGCAGCUCUAAUUCGUUGCUCGAAUACAUUACUGGGCCUACGAGAGUUACUUUUGAAUAAGGAGGGAGAAGAGGGGUACGGACUGGAAAGAGUAGACGUGGUGAAGACGUUCCAAAUAUCAGUUUUAAUACCUGCUGAAAGGUUGGCCCUAGCAAAAUCGCGGCAAGUGAUACAAGAUUUUUCCGUCAACUCUUAUUCUUCUACAUACAGCCAAACUACUGAUAUUAAGGCCAAGACGACUUCUGCAUUAACAACGCUCUUUCUACUGUCUCCAUUCCAAAAUUCUGAAAGCUUCGACAAAUGGGUACCAGAAUACCUCGUCAAUUCUAUUAAUGAUUAUCUUCGUGCUUCAUUUUCUUCUUCCCUUGCGUCUUUAAAUCGAGCUCUUACAUCUCUACCCAUUCUUGAUCGAACGCUACUCGAGAUUUCAGUUAGAUCCCAAAAUAUAGUCUUUCUUGAAUCGAUACUCAUGAAAACGCCCAAACCAGCUCACUUGAUUUUCUCAACAACUACAGACCCCUCACAGAAUCUUCUACAGCCUGUACUUGCUUGCUUAGAAAUUAAGUCUCUGACAUCAUGGUUUUGGAGAACGUUAGCUGAAGGAUUAACAACGAAAGUUAUAGAGCUGGUCAACAAAGGUGGAGUGAGCGUAAGGAACCUUCGAAAUAAUAAAAAUAGUAUUAGAGACGCAAUUAAAGAUUGCGUCAUAAGAGGCGUCCAGCUAGUAGGCACAACAGAAAAAAUACCUGAAAGUAAAUGGGAGAGAGAAGUAGCAGUUAUGGUUGGAAGUCUUAUGGGCCCUCUCGGCAAGUAA